ACAGACCACGACCCCGUUUUCUCCCAACCUCCUCGAUCUCGAUCCCCUCCAUCUCGUGAUGCCCAUGAUCUCCCCUCUCUUCUUCCCACUCGGCCAGGCAGGGAAGCCGUUUAAUGAUCCGCCGCCGGCCGUGCUCGCGCGGGGGGAGGGAGGCCGCCGCCGGCCGUGCUCGCGCGGGGUAGGGAGGCCGCCGCCGGCCGUGCUCGCGCGGGAGGAGAGAGGCCGCCUCCAUCUGGCCGCCGCUGGCCGUGCUUGCGGGGGAGGAAGGAGGUUGUCUCCAUUUGGCCGCCGUCGGGCGCGUCCACGCGGAGGAGCUAUCACCAUCGCCUCUCGUUUCCCCACGCCGCACAAGGUAGGCCAUGUCCACCUCGAGUCCAUCUCGGGAGAAGAUGCUCCCCUGCGUUGACCCCCUGCAGUCGUGAUUCAUCUGCUCCAUAAUAUCUGUAUACACAACAAACAAUCUCUAUCUGCAGGCCGCAGUGAAUUGCAGCGCCUCAAGAACAGCUGAGCAGCCGGUUUUCAAGAUUACUGUGCCAGCGUACCGUUCAUGAUAGGAGUGAGAGCACGAGUAGCAGCAUCAGAUUCCGCGUGCUCUGUGUAGGAGCAUUGUCGGAGUUCAAUUCGUAGCAAGAACAACACUUGUGCCGAGCUGUUUCGAGCCACGGCACCAGCAGUCAUCUGGCAUGUGCUCACAAGGAAGGAAACGUCCGUGUUGAGUUUAACAUGGCCAUUAGCUGGCCUUUUUCUUCAUUGCAGAGCGUAGUCCUUUCCUGAUCGAGUUCAAGUACUACAUUUGGCCCAUUUGCUGUUUUCCUUUGUCACCGGUGGCACCAGACGCUUUAUCUCUGGUAUGUGUCCAGUAGCUCAAUAAAAAUUCUAGAUGCACCGGUCGUUUCCUUCAGGAGUUUUAGGCUCUGCGCUAUGGUGAGAUAACAUCCUAAAAUACACAUCUUGUGAUUUUUAUCAUCAAGCAAUCUUCGCUCUUGGUUUCCAGUGUAUUAUGAGUCAUGAUGAAUACGCUUUAUCUAUGGUAUCUGUCCAGUAGCUCAAUAAAAAUUCCAGAUGCACCGAUCGUUUCCUUGAGGAGUUUUAGACUCUGCGCUAUGGUAAGAUAACAUCCUAAAAUACACAUCUUGUGAUUUUUAUCAUCAAGCAUUCUUCGCUCUUGGUUUCCAGUGUAUUACGAAUCAUGAUGAAUUAAAUUUAAUAAAGGAAAUACAUGGCUGCUGCAUUCUACUUGCUCUUGACAUUCUCUGAACUCCACAUGUUUUCGUAUUUUUCUGAUGUCAUGCUUAAUUAAUAUGCAAGCGGAAGCUUUCUUCCCUGUGUUGUUACUUCUUAUUACUUUUUUAAAUAUAAAUCCUCAAUUCUUUAUUGUUCCGGCAAAUAAUAAUUGGUGGAUUCAAUUUUGCACGGUUCAGUUUGUGCUUUUGCCAAUUAUCUCAUCAAACAAGUUGCAUUUCCAUGUUGCAACUCUUCUGACUUUUGAAAUAUUUUUACGGAGCUAAAAUUUUCUUCUACAUAUUAUGUUUCUCUGGAGGUACAACGAUUACUAUUACAUGCAGAACUAAUACAAGGGGGGCCUUGAUGAAGGAAGUGCUCACAAGGGACACUCAACUACUCCAGUCCAUCAAAUCUCGGGGGCGGCCAUGGCGGGCAUGCGGCGCUGCGCUCGGGGGCCGCAUCUGGCGAAGGCAGCGAGGUUGGAGGCGGGAGCGGAGACGAAGGAGAAGAAAAUGGAGAGGUGUGGAGAAGCAGACGAGCGGGAAGAGUCGGGCGUCGCCCAUGACGCAGACGAAACCAGUGCCGAUCUUCCAGGAGCUUGCGGUGGCGCGGUCCGCGAGGACCUGUCGGAUCUCGCUGGACCCGGUGGUAACUGGCCGCCAUGCGGCGGAUCUGGAAGAAAAGAGGUCGGAGCCGGAUGGGACAACGUGUCUACCGCGGACAUCAUGGCGUUACCAGUUUGGCAGUUUGAGCUAUAUUCACCCAUUCCCAGAUCCCUCGUCGCUCCUCUCCAAGUUAUGCCUGAUGGAUCAAUUGGGUUAUGCUGAAGCUGAUAUACUUCCCCGAGUUGCUUCAAUCGGGAAUGCCGAUAUACUUCCGCCAGUUGCUCCCCAAAACCCAUCUCUUGCUCCUCUUUGCGCCAAUCGGACAAGAGGUUGCGAGACGUUCUCUCGUUGUGGAUUGGAAAGAAUACUGUAACUCUUAGUCAGGGCGUGUAAUUUUGAAUGAAGGUUGUAAAUGUCUUCAUUGCACAAUACACAUAAAUUUUAUUGCUCGUGCUUGUCCGGUUGUAAAA